AUGGAGUGGUUGGGGCCAGCGAGAGUGAACCCCAUUAAUCACCGGGAGCGUGUCAUCUCCGCCCUCACGCUGCCCUUGCUCCGCGUCCCCACUUUCUGCACUAUCCCGGGAGACACCAAAGUAAUUACCGGCACCUUGCGUACCGGAAUGUGGUCAGGUGGUGUUGGGGUUACCUAG